AUGACAAGAGUAUAUCGUCCUCUCUGUCUUGCUGUCACUAUUUGGUUGCAAGUAUGUAUACAGAUAAUGUCUAGGGACUAUUCGCAAGUCCUGGGUUACCAUCAAACAUGCCGUAAUGCCAAGCCACGGCGCUAUGCAAGCAUUGUCACUAGAAACCCCGUCGUCUCUUAUGCCGGAGUUGAGACGGGAGACAACUUGAUUGUCCGUUUUUGCCGAUGUGCUGCGCCUCGGAAGGAGUCUCGAAAGAUGAGUUCCUAA